AUGGCUUCCAAUGAGCCCCAGAUACAUCGCCUUGGCCUAGGCCGUAUUGUGGUUGAGGGCGACCGUCAGCCCAUUGUCCGUGUCGCCACCCUUACGCUCAAGGACGAAGAGUCAGACAAGCAUAUAAUGCAAGUGCAUGUUGAUGGCAGUACAUUGGCACAAUGGGACCUUGGCACGCUCGAAGAGCGGAAGUCCACCGGCGGCGAGCAAUUCCUCUCCAUCAGCGAACAAAAGAUGCUCCAAUUCACGGGCAUCGCUACCGACCUAGUCGGCCUUCAGGCCCUCACGACCCUCGAGGCUUCCUCACCCCGGACGGAGCCAGCCAGCCCCAAUGGUUUCCCACUAGAGGUCCUGGAGUAG